CCUGGCUCCCCCAGGGGCGCUGACCCGGGGUCCCCGGCAGCGCCCAGCGCGUCAAUGGCCGGAACUGGGUGGAAGCGGCGGGAAGCGGGGGGGUCCCGCAGGACAUCCGCCCCACGGCGGGGGGCUGGGGGCGGCCCGGGACCCCCCCGGGGCAUCCGAUCGCUCCGUGAAAAGGUGGGGAGGGUACAGUGUGCUGUGGCCAGGAUGGGGGUCCCUGCCACCACCGCGGCCCCCCGAGCGCUGUGCGUCCCCCGUGAGGGCCGUGUCCUCCCUCUGGGUGCCAUCGCUGUGUCCCCAGGGUGCCGUGUGCACCCCAGUGCAAUGUGUAUGAUCCCCCGGCGCCACGUGUGUCCCCCCGAUCCCCGUGGGUGCCAUGUCCUUUUCAGUGCUGUGUCCCCACAGGUGCCAUGUGCCCCCCCAGCUGCCAUGCGUGCCCCCCAUGCCACAUAUCCGCCCAGUUCCCUGUCUCCCCCAGGGCUGUGUCCCCCCGGGUGUCAUGUGUGCUCCCAAGUCCCCCCAAAGCCAUGUCCCCGCCACGAGUGCCGUGUCCCCCUCUCUGGGUGCCAUCGCUCCCUCCCCAUGCCCACAUGCCAGGGCGCGGGGGCAGCCGGGGUGCCACUCCCCGCCGUGGGGUCCCCGCUGUGUCCCCGCCGCGUGGCGGUGGCGGUGGCGGCGGAGGUGGCGGUGCCCAUUGUGUGCGGGGCGGGGGCGUCGCGGCCUCGUCACCAUUUCCCCGGGCAGGAGGAAGCGGGAAGCGGCCGCUCCCGGCUCAGAGGGGCCGCGAUGGGGAACCUGCCGGGGGUCCUGCCCGGCGCCCCCCGCGCCUGCCCCGGCCUCGGCCUCUGCUCGCGCCCGCGCGGCCCCGCGCCCGAGGACCCCCCUGUCACCGCCGCCCCCGCCGCUGUCACCGAGCCGCCCAGGUGCGUGCCCAGGUGGGACGGGCGGGCUGGCAUGGGGAGGAACGGGGCGGAAAGGACGGACGGGGCUCCGGGGCACGGGCACUCACCUGCCGCAGCUCCGAGCCUCCUCGGGGACCCCCUUCUGGCUCGCGGGGACGCUCGCACAUGGCCCGAGGCCACCGGAGACGUGUCCCCGCCGUGGAGAGAGGGGGCACGGGCAGGGGGCACGCGCAGGGGGCACGGGAGAGGGGAAGCGGGCAGGGGAAUGGCGGCGCAGGUUGGAGCUGCGGAUUGGGGCUGCAGGACAGGAGGCAGAUGGGGGCCUGAAGUCAGGGGGCAGGGCUGGGGUGCAGGUUUGUGGGGUGCCAGGCGUGGGCGGGGAUACAAGGACGGAAAUGUCGCUCCCGGGGGUCACCUGGUGCCCCCCCAGGAGCUGCCCUGCUCGGGGCUGCGCUGCCUGGGGUCGCUGGUGCUGCCGCGGCCGCUGGCCGCCCCCACCCCCGAGGGGACGCGACCGCCCGAGGAGCUGCUGGAGCUGGCCCGGGACUUCAUCACCCAGUACUACGUGUCCCUGCGGCGGGAGAACUCGCCGGCGCACACGCAGCGGCUGCGGGAGGUGGCGGCCGACAUCGCGGCCUCGGGCUCGUACCGGCUGCGGGAGCCCGAGCUGGCCUUCGGGGCCAAGCAGGCCUGGCGGAACGCGGCGCGCUGCGUCGGCCGCAUCCAGUGGAACAAGCUGCAGGUGUUUGACGCCCGGGACUGCGCGGGGCUGGGGGAGAUGUUCAGCCUCCUCUGCUCCCACAUCCAGUUCGCCACCAACCGCGGCAACAUUCGGUCGGCCAUCACCAUCUUCCCCCCGCGGGCUCCGGGCCGCGGCGAUUUCCGCAUCUGGAACCCGCAGCUGAUCCGCUACGCGGGCUACCGGCAGCCCGACGGCUCCGUGCGCGGCGACCCUGCCAAUGUGGACAUCACCGAGCUCUGCAUCCAACACGGCUGGACCCCCGGGGGCGGCCGCUUCGACGUGCUGCCGCUGCUGCUGCAGGGCCCCGACGAGUCCCCCGAGCUGUUCCCGCUGCCCCCGGAGCUGGUGCUCGAGGUGCCGCUGCAGCACCCCACGCUGGAGUGGUUCUCGGAGCUGGGGCUGCGCUGGCACGCCCUGCCGGCCGUGGCCAACCUGCUGCUGGAGAUCGGGGGGCUCGAGUUCCCCGCGGCGCCCUUCAACGGCUGGUACAUGGGCACCGAGAUCGGCUCCCGCAACCUCUGCGACCGCCACCGCUACGACGUGCUGCCCGAGGUGGCCGAGCGCAUGGGGCUGGACACAGGCAGCAGCUCGUCCCUCUGGAAGGACCGGGCGGCUGUGGAGGUGAACGUGGCCGUGCUGCACAGCUUCCAGGUGGCCCAGGUGACCAUCGUGGACCACCACGCGGCCACCGAGUCCUUCAUGAAGCACCUGGCGGCCGAGGGGCGGGCGCGGGGGGGGUGUCCCGCGGACUGGGCCUGGAUCGUGCCCCCCCUCUCGGGCAGCCUCACCCCCGUGUUCCACCAGGAGAUGGUCAACUACCAGCUGAGCCCCUCCUUCCGCUACCAGGUGGGACCCUGCCCCACAGACCCUGCCCCACAGCCCCUCCUGAUGCCAGGUGUGGGCUGGGACCCACAGACCCUCCGUGCUCCAUGGCUCCCCAGCCCCUCUGCCCCCUCCCAGGGCACUGAGACACUCGGUCAGCUGCCACGGAGCCCCCUGGACCCCCCAGGACUUUCUACCCCCGACCCCUCUUCCGACGGGGUGGGGAUGGGGUGUGGGGGUGACACUCUGCCCCCACAGAGCUUCUCCAAGGCCCUGAUGGAGAUGACCUCGCCCUACACCGGCACCUCCCAGGCGGAGCCGCCCAUGAGCUACAAGCUGCGCUUCAACAGCGUCUCCCAGUCCGACCAGCUCGUGUCCUCCUGGAAGAAGAAGCGGCGGCAGCUGAGCAACACCGACAGUGCGGGAACCUUGGGAGCCCUGCGGUUCGCGGUGUUCGGGCUGGGGUCCCGGGCGUACCCCCACUUCUGUGCGUUCGCGCGGGCCGUGGACACGCGGCUGGAGGAGCUGGGCGGGGAGCGGGUGCUGCCCCUGGGCGAGGGCGACGAGCUGUGCGCGCAGGAGGAGUCCUUCCGCACCUGGGCACGCCAGGUGUUCCAGGCUGCCUGCGAGACCUUCUGCGUGGGGGACGGGGCGGGGGGCGCCGAGGAGCUGUUCGCCCCGCCGCAGGGCUGGAAGCGCCACCGGCACCGGCUGGUGCCGCAGCCGCAGGCCACCGAGACUCUGGCCGGUACCGAGCCCCCCGGGACCCCCCCAAACCUUGCGGGACCCCCCACUCCCCGUGUCACCCCCCGCCUCUCGCCAACCUCCCGGGACACCCCACGGCACCCCCCGAGCACCCCGUGGGAUCCCCUCACACCCCACAGCUCUGUGGGGUCAGUCCCCAGCCCCGCCCGGGACUCCUCCUGCCCCUCACGACCUCCCCAAGACCCUUUGGAAGGAAAGUGGAAGGGCUCGGGGAAGGAAACGGCCGAACUGAGCGGCACAAUCCCCUCCCCAGGCGGGGCCAGCCCCGGGCCCCGCUGGGUGCUGCAGCCGCGGCUGCCCCCCUGCACCCUGGCCCAGGCUCUCACCUUCUACCUGGACGUGGCGGCGCCCCCGAGCCCGCAGUUCCUGCAGCUCCUGGGCUCGCUGGCUCGGGACCCGGCCGAGCGGGAGCGGCUGCAGCGCCUGGCGCAGGACGCGCGGCUCUACGAGGAGUGGAAGUGGUUCCGGUGCCCGACGCUGCCGGAGGUGCUGGCCGAGUUCCCGUCCGUGGCUCUGCCCGCCGCGCUGCUGCUCUCCCAGCUCCCGCUGCUCCAGCCCCGCUACUACUCCAUCAGCUCCGCGCCCGGCGCCCACCCGGGCGAGAUCCACCUCACCGUGGCCGUCGUCACCUACCACAGCGAGAACGGGCAGGGUCCCCUGCACUACGGCGUCUGCUCCACGUGGCUGGCGCGGCUGCAGCCGGGGGACACGGUGCCAGCCUUCAUCCGGGGCCUACCCCGGGGGGCAUGGGGACACGGGGGCUGGGGCAGGGGUUGUGGGGACAUGGGGACAUGGGCACAGGAACAUGGUGGCACUGGGAUGGAGGAUGAGAGACGUGACAGUGAUGAAGGGGAUAUGGGGACACGGGGAAGGGGAUGGAGCCUGGGGACACGGGGGUGUGGGGACUGGGGGGCUGCAGGACAGGGCGAGCGGGGCUGUGGGGACACGAGGACGCUGUCCCCUGCAGGCGGCCCCCUGGGCCCCAUGGUGCUGGUGUUCGGGUGCCGCUCCUCCGCCCUGGACCACAUCUACCGCGAGGAGAUGGAGCAGGCGCGGCAGCAGGGCGCGCUCAGCCGGGUGCUCACCGCCUUCUCCCGCGAGCCCGGCAGCCCCAAGACGUACGUGCAGGACGUGCUGCGGGCACAGCUGGCAGCCGAGGUGCACCAGGUGCUCUGCCAGCGCGGGGGACACAUGUACGUGUGCGGGGACGUCACCAUGGCCACCGAGGUGCUGCAGACCGUGCAGCACAUCCUGGCCCAGGAGGGCGACAUGACGCUGGGCCAGGCGGGGGACGUCAUCAGCGAGCUGAGGGACAAGAACCGCUACCACGAGGACAUCUUCGGGCUGACGUUCCGCACGCAGGAGGUGGCCCUGCGCAUCCGCAGCCAGUCCUUCUCCCUGCAGGAGCGGCGCCCCGCGGGGCCCGCCCCCUGAGCGGGGACACGGGGACAGCGGGGACACGGGGACAGCGGGGACAGGGGCUCCCCGCGGCUGUGCCCCCGUCCCGCCACCCCCCAGUAAAGGUUUAGUUUUGAUA